CCGGCCCUGCCUCCUCCUCCGCCUCCUGCGCGCACAGCCUCCGCCAGCACCGAGCCCCCCGGAGCCCGAGCGCGGCUCAGGGGCGCCGCCGGCCCCUCCCCAGCGCGCUGACAGCAGGCUCCGGGGCCCCCGCCCCGUGCCCUCGCCAGCGGGACACACCCCCGCCCCUCCUCUGCUGCGCCAGUUCCCGCCGGACCCCACCGGGCGCCGGAGAGAAGCGGCGGGCGAUCCGCAGCGCGGCGGCGCGGGAGGCAAGGCGGGCGCGGGGCGGGCUCGCGGGAAGUCGCCCGGGCGCACGGUGCCCUCCGGGAUCGUCUCCCGCCCCGAGGUCCGAAUUGUGAGCGUCGGGAACCGCGGGCAGCGAUCAGCGCGCAGGGCCGAGGUGGCGGGUGGCCCCAGGACCUGGGCAGCGGGAGAAGGAAAGCCGGAGCCCGGCCGGGAUGAGAAGGUGACGCCGCCGGGGGGCGCCACUCGCUGUGCUGGGGGAAAAGAUGCUCGCCUACUGCGUGCAGGACGCCACCGUGGUGGACGUGGAAAAGCGGAGGAACCCCUCCAAGCACUAUGUGUACAUCAUCAAUGUCACCUGGUCCGACUCCACCUCUCAGACCAUCUACCGGAGGUACAGCAAGUUCUUUGACCUGCAGAUGCAGCUUCUGGACAAGUUCCCCAUUGAAGGAGGCCAGAAGGACCCCAAGCAAAGGAUCAUCCCCUUCCUCCCAGGCAAGAUCCUCUUCCGGAGAAGCCACAUCCGGGACGUGGCGGUGAAGAGGCUGAAACCCAUUGAUGAGUACUGCCGGGCUCUGGUCCGACUGCCUCCCCACAUUUCACAGUGUGACGAAGUCUUCCGCUUCUUUGAGGCCCGGCCUGAGGAUGUCAAUCCCCCGAAGGAAGACUACGGCAGCUCCAAGAGGAAAUCAGUGUGGCUGUCCAGCUGGGCAGAGUCUCCCAAGAAGGACACAACAGGUGCCGACAGCAACGCCGAGCCCAUGAUCCUGGAACAGUAUGUGGUUGUGUCCAACUAUAAGAAGCAGGAGAACUCAGAGCUGAGCCUCCAGGCCGGGGAGGUGGUGGACGUCAUCGAGAAGAAUGAGAGCGGAUGGUGGUUCGUGAGCACCUCUGAGGAACAGGGCUGGGUCCCUGCCACCUACCUGGAGGCGCAGAAUGGGACUCGGGAUGACUCGGACAUCAAUACAUCCAAGACAGGGGAAGUGUCCAAGAGACGCAAGGCCCAUCUGCGGCGCCUGGAUCGCCGGUGGACCCUGGGCGGGAUGGUCAACAGGCAGCACAGCCGAGAGGAGAAGUAUGUCACCGUGCAGCCAUACACCAGCCAAAGCAAGGACGAGAUCAGCUUUGAGAAAGGCGUCACUGUGGAGGUGAUCCGGAAGAACCUGGAGGGCUGGUGGUACAUCAGAUACCUGGGCAAAGAAGGCUGGGCGCCAGCCUCCUACCUGAAGAAGGCCAAGGAUGACCUACCCACCCGGAAGAAGAACCUGGCAGGCCCAGUGGAGAUCAUCGGGAACAUCAUGGAGAUCAGCAACCUGCUGAACAAGAAGGCAUCUGGGGACAAGGAGGCGAUCCCGGCUGAGGGCGAAGGCCCCGAGGCUCCCAUCGCCAAGAAGGAGAUCAGCCUGCCCAUCCUCUGCAACACUUCCAACAGCAGUCCGCUGGGCGUCCCCGAGAGGACCGUGUCCAAGCUGGCCCAGGGCUCCCCGGCCGUGGCCAGGAUCGCCCCUCAGAGGGCCCAGAUCAGUUCCCCAAACCUGAGGACGAGGCCUCCACCCCGCAGAGAGUCGAGCCUGGGCUUCCAGCUGCCAAAGCCCCCAGAGCCCCCUUCUGUCGAGGUGGAGUACUACACCAUCGCCGAAUUCCAGUCAUGCAUCUCAGACGGCAUCAGCUUUCGGGGCGGCCAGAAGGCAGAGGUCAUUGAUAAAAACUCAGGAGGCUGGUGGUACGUGCAGAUUGGCGACAAGGAGGGCUGGGCACCCGCAUCCUACAUCGAUAAGCGCAAGAAGCCCAACCUCAGCCGCCGCACAAGCACGCUGACCCGGCCCAAAGUACCACCCCCCGCGCCCCCCAGCAAGCCCAAGGAGACAGAGGAGGGCCCCGCAAGUGCCAGUGAGAGCCGAGACUCCCCCGCGAAACUCAAGUAUGAGGAGCCCGAGUACGAUGUCCCCGCCUUUGGCUGUGACUCCGAGCCAGAGGUGGGCGAGGAGCCCACGGAGGACCAGGGCCCCGGAGACAGGCGGCCCACACAGCCAUCCCGGUCCUCGCCAGCCUCCUCCUUACAGCGGGCCCGCUUCAAGGUAGGAGAGUCCUCCGAGGACGUGGCCCUGGAGGAGGAAACCAUCUACGAGAAUGAGGGCUUCAGACCGUUUGCUGAAGAUGCCCUGUCAGCCAGGGGCUCCUCCGGAGACAGCGACUCCCCAGGAGGCUCCUCAUUGUCCCUGGCGAGGAAAAACUCCCCCAAAUCAGGCUCUCCCAAGUCCUCAUCACUCCUGAGGCUCAAGGCAGAGAAGAAUGCCCAGGCAGAACUGGGUAAGAACCACUCCUCGGCCUCCUUUGCUUCAUCCAUCACCAUCAACACCACCUGCUGCUCCUCCUCUUCCUCUUCCUCCUCUUCCUUGUCCAAGAACAGUGGUGAGCUGAAACCCCGCUCUGCCUCGGACGCAGGCAUCCGGGGCGUGCCUUCGGUUGGGGUGAGGAAGGACCCUGACCCCAAGGCCGGGCUCAGCUGCUCCAGGGCCAAGCCAUCAGUCCGGCCCAAGCCCUUCCUGAACCGAGCCGAGUCGCAGAGCCAGGAGAAGAUGGACAUCAGCACUUUACGGCGCCAGCUGCGACCCACGGGUCAGCUCCGGGGUGGCCUCAAGGGCUCCAAGAGCGAGGAUUCAGAGCUGCCCCCCCAGACGGCCUCUGAGGGCCCCCCUGAGGGGUCAAGGAGAGGUUCAGCUGAAACCAUUGCCCCGCCAGCCUCCAUGCCCCCUGGUCCCACCAGGAAGGACCAGGAUGGGCAAGCAAACUCCUAUGUGACGUGCAGCGCCUACCAGAAAGCCCAGGAGUCAGAGAUCAGCUUCCCCGCGGGCGUGGAGGUACGUGUGCUCGAGAAGCUAGACAGUGGGUGGUGGUACGUGAGGUAUGGGGAGCUCGAGGGCUGGGCCCCUUCCCACUACCUGGUGCUCGGCGAGAAUGAGCAGCCAGACCCCUCUGGCAAAGAGCUGGACACGGGGCCUGCCAAGGGCAGAUCCAACGGGGGCAAGUCAGACAGCCUGGAGAAGAUGGAGCGGCGGGUGCAGGCGCUCAACACUGCCAACCAGAGCCGGAGGGCCACGCCGCCCAUCCCUUCCAAGCCCCCUGGGGGCUUUGGUAAGACCUCUGGGACCACCACCACUGUGAAGAUGAGGAAUGGUGUACGGCAGGUAGCCGUCAGGCCCCAGUCGGUGUUUGUGUCCCCACCACCCAAGGACAACAACCUGUCAUGCGCCUUGCGGAGGAAUGAGUCACUCACGGCCACUGACAGCCUCCGUGGUGUUCGUCGCAAUUCCUCCUUCAGCACUGCCCGCUCUGCAGCUGCCGAGGCCAAGGGCCGCCUGACUGAACGGGCUGCCAGCCAGGGCUCGGACUCACCUCUGCUGCCCGCCCAGCGCAAUGGCAUCCCCGUGUCUCCCGUGCGUCCCAAGCCUAUCGAGAAGUCCCAGUUUAUCCACAAUAACCUCAAAGAUGUGUAUGUGUCUAUCGCAGACUACGAGGGGGAUGAUGAGACAGCAGGCUUCCAGGAGGGGGUGUCCAUGGAGGUUCUGGAGAGGAACCCCAAUGGCUGGUGGUACUGCCAGAUCCUGGAUGGGGUGAAGCCCUUCAAAGGCUGGGUGCCUUCCAACUACCUUGAGAAAAAGAACUGAGGCCCCGGGGCCCUUCCAGCUGUAUGAUGAAAUGCAGAAAAAAGGAAAGGGGGGGAGGGGGUGGGGAGCAGGCAGCGUUCAACCCUCCAAGUGUGUGGCACAGCAGGUGCCACCUCCAAGCUGUCCCCAGCUGGAAGGGGGAGGGUGUGGCAGGGGCCCACACUGGGUUGGGUAGGGAAGGGAGUGGGCGGGGAGGCACAGGCCUGGGACCCACAGGUGCACCUUGAUGACUUCGCAAAGGGACUGCUUGUCAUCUAGGACAGGCCAUGUAGGAAACCCCGAUCGUGCCUUUGCUGCAAACCCGGGAGUGACAUGGUCAUCGGGGCCUCUGGCAUCCUGAUUUUGGUUGCUGGCAUUUGCCAUCUUCGUGGGUAUUUGUGAGUUUUGCUGGUUUCCCAGGGAUGUCGAGGCCACUGCUGCCUCUGAGUUUGGAGGUGUUGCUAGGGAGCCCCCGGCUUAUGUUAAAGGACAAGUGACUCUUGGGUGCCAGCCGUGCCUGCCGGUUCUUUGCCAUUGCCGGACUGGUCUUGGGAGUGUGCCCUCCAACAGAGGGUGAGGCUGAUUUGGGCAUUUGUGGGCAGGAGUUUUUUGAUCUGGGGGUUCUAUGUUGGACCUUCAGUUUGGUUCAUUUUAGAGGCUAUUUGGGGCUCAACACUGGGCAGCCUCGUGUGGGGGGGUGGAGGAGGUGGGUAGUGGACAGGGCUUUCCUGUUGUACUCUUGUUGGAUAAGUAAGGGGGUUAUUUUUGCCUUUGUCCCAUGUCCUUCCCCUCUACAAGCCAAAGUUGUGUCAUUUGGGCUCCACUGUGGGGGUGGGGUCCACACACAGCACUCACCAGGGGCUCUGGGGCUGUGUGAGCCUGUUGCAGGUUCCCCAGCUUCUGGUUCCCACACAGGGGUGCCAGGGGUGGAGGGCUUGCUGUUUGAGGAGCCCAGCUGCUGUGAAGGCAGCCAAGGGCCCUGCGUGUAUUCCCUCUCCUGGGCGGCCCCAGCAGAUACCACCAGCUGCCCCCUUUGGCCUGUUGGCAACUCUAUGGAUGCCCAAGGAGAUGGCGGGUUCCCUGUGCCAGAGUUCAGCCAGCCUUCCAAGCGGACAGCACUGCAGGGGAAAGCAGCCAGAGAGAGGAGUUGCUGUGAGCCCCAGCUGUCGGCCUUUCUGGGCGGGGGGGCCCUCCAGGUCCCCCAUUGGUUUCUCCGAGGACUCACUCUGCUGGGAGUGGACUGCCACACGUGCCUUUGCUAUGGGACAAACCAGGCCCCACGGCCACUGGUUGAGAUGCCAGUGUCUAGGACUGCGGGCUGCUGCCCUCCACACAGGAGGAAAGUGUCCCCCCUCUCCAGGACUUUCAAGCCCUGUCCCUCGCCACCCACGAAUGCAGGCAGCUACAGUGACUGCUCCUAUUCUUCAUGCGAUGGCCGUGGUGAGGCUGUUUGGUUUCCUUUUGUUCUGUGAGUUUUAAAGUCAUGAUUAAUUUUUUCCUUCUGCUGGACAGUAUUCAAUAGCGCAGGAUGUGGCGUUAAUCUGCUAGGUUGCAGUACUAAUGGUAGUGGGGUAGUGUCUUCAUAUGAAUAUUAUUUGUCCUUAUUUGAACAAUAAUGAUAAAGAAGUGGUUCAUUAUUUUGUAAUUAAUGCACUUUAAAUAGGUGGAAAGGAACAAAACCCAGAGAGCAAAGUGCAUUACUUAAAGAUGCAGUAUAUGCUUUUCUCAUUUUUUAAACAGCACAUAUUUAUUUUUUAAAAAAUAAUUUAUGAUUAUUUAAAAUAAAAUUUAAAAGUAGAGUGACUGUGGGGCUAAAGGAGCUUCCCCGUGGCAGUCUUCCAUGGAGCAGGUCUGCGGCCUCACUCCUCAGCUGUCUGCACUGAGCCAGUUCAAUCACUAGUGCGCCUGCCAGGCCAGCAGGACUUGCGGGCCAGUGUGUGUGCCCAGCCCAAGCAGCUCAGUUGGACUGGACCACAGUGCUGCCCAGAGGCUGCCUUGCCUGCCCCACCCCGUUCUGCCGUCUGCACUGCCCCCCAGAGCCCUCCAGCAUCCACAUCCUUCAAACUGCCCCCACGAUCCUCUCUCCUGAUUCCCAGUGCACCUCAGUGCUGGAGUCCUUCAAAGGCAGGGCUGGAAGGGACUUUGGAUGUCAGCCACUGCACAUCCCAUCCCUUCUGGCUUCUGCAGCCCAAGGCCAGGAAAUGACUUCCCCCAAAUCUCACAGCUCAUUCUCGGCAGCUCGUCCCUGCCCACUGCACUAAUCCUGUGCUCCUCCCCAUUCCCCUUCACCCAUGACCCCACCCCCGAUUUAGUUGACUGUUUGGUCAUUGUGUUUACAUUGUAGCAUCCAGCCCCAAGGAUGGUUUGGAGUUGCUCAGGCAUCUGGGAAAAAGUAGAGAAUGCUGCCACCUGGUGGCAGCAUGUAGACAUGGGCAAUGAAUGGGGCUUGCUAUGGCCCAGUCUCCACACUCACCCCCUCCCCAUCAACCCAUCUCACAGCGCAGACCCUGCAAAUCCAAAGACACUAGGUGAUACUUGAAGCAAGAAGGGUGCAUGCCAGUCCUUCUCCAGCAUGGCCAAGGAGCCGGGACCAGGCCUGUGUCCCUGGAAUCCCAGCCCUUCCCUGGAGCUACUGAGCUGCUUUUGUGAAGUGGGAGGCGCUGCUGGCAGCGGACAGAGGAGGAGGUAGGGGCUGUGGCUCUGACCCAUCUGGAGGAAAACCAGAUCGGACUAAAACGCGAAAAAGAAAAAACAAUCUCAGCAGUGUCCAAACCUAGUUUUCCAUUAGUUGCAAUUGAAAAUGUGAAAUGACAUUGUAUUGCUGUAUACUGCAACUUUAAUCAUAAUGAGCCCUUCUGAGGUCAUUAUUGAGGUUUAUAUAAUGCCCGAAGAUGCAUCAUUUGGUGCUUUUUCUUUCAGUUAAAAGACCUUUCCUUUGAUCACUUGGGGAAGCGUGUCUUCAUCUCUUCCUCCGUCUCUCAAUAGCAGGCCAGUGUUGGUGCUUGAUCCUCCAGCCUCUUCAUGCGAGGGCCGUGGGGAGUAGCU